AUGUCAUACCCAGAUACCCGGUCGGACGAUGAAUGGAGGGCCGUUCUGAACAAAGGCAUGCGGUUCACCUAUCAAUUUCAUCUCCUAGCCCACACUGACAUGCUCUCUCUUUGUACAGAACAAUUCCGAGUCCUCCGUGAAAAAGGCACCGAAGCCCCUUUCACCGGCGAAUAUGACAAACACAUGCCUUCCGAGGGCGUGUAUACCUGCGCAGCCUGCAGCGCACCUUUGUACAAGGCCAACCAUAAGUUCAAGUCAGGGUGUGGUUGGCCCGCGUACUUCGACAGUAUCCCGGGCGCCGUGACGCGACACAAUGACUCGAGCUUUGGCAUGCAGCGGACUGAGAUCGUCUGCUCAAAUUGUGGAGGCCAUUUGGGCCAUGUGUUCAAAGGAGAGGGUUACCCGACCCCAACGGACGAGAGACAUUGUGUCAAUAGUAUUAGUUUGAAAUUCCAUGAGAAAGAGGAUGCGGUUACGGGAAAUGGUGAAACCAAGUAA